AUGGAUGGCAGUGAUUCAUUUUAUGCUGCUAUUGAUGAAGGCAGUCAAAGUAUUGCCUAUGAAGAAGGUGUAGUUUUGGAAUUAUCACCGCUUCACGAAUAUCAAUGUAUCGCUAAGUAUCACCAAAGGGUCAAUAAACAAGCUACUCACUGGCUUUAUAGUAAGCCGUUGCUCAGUCGUUACUUGAUCGUUUCAACUCAAGCAGUUGAUACCAGCAAAGCAGGAGUCAAGUCGAACGCGUUGCCCGAAUACGUCGAAGCCGUAAUCAACCAUCGUGUUGCUGUUGAAUCAACGGUCGAUGAAGUUUAUGUCCAUGAUUUACUCCAUGCUAAGCGUUUAGCUAAAAUGUUCGGUUUAGAAUUAGCCUACGAGGGUGGACAUCCUUCGUAG